AUGAUCCUUUUCUUGCUGCUAAUCAGCGUCGUAUUGGCGUACUUUGUGAUCCGAAAUCACUUCAGAAGAAGACAAUCAUUUGCCAACGACCUGCCGCAGGAUGUUCCGGAGAAAUCAUUUCUAGGCUUGAACUACACGCUGCUGAACCUAAAUGAUGAAGAACGAUUCGAGCUGUUGAACAAGAUUUUCCUGCAACAUGAUCGACUGUUCCGGAUGACGAUUGGCCCUAUGUUGCUUCUGGGCGUUAGUCAUCCAGAUCUGGUGCAGAAAGUCCUGUCCCAUCCGGAUUGUCUGGAGAAACCCUACUUCUAUGACUUUGUGAAAUAUGAUCAGGGAAUCUUUUCUGCGAAAUUCAAGCUGUGGAAAAGCCAACGGAAGGCGUUGAAUCCGACGUUCAAUAUGCGGAUUCUGCAUAGUUUUAUGCCGAUUUUUGUGCAGAGCAGCCGAAAGAUGGUGAAUGAAUUGGACCAGUGCAAGGCUGGUGAAUCCAUCAACAUGUUCAAGUAUACGUCCCGUUGUGCGCUGGAGAUGGUUUGCGGGACGACGCUUGGUACUGAUGUGUUGGAACGGGACGGAAAGGAUGUGUUUCUGGAAUCGCUGGAACAAUUAUUUACCUGUGUGUCGAGACGCAUGCUGAGCAUUCACCUUUACUCGGAUAUGAUCUAUAUGUUGACUCCGCAUUAUUGGAUAGAACGUAAUGCUCGAAGACAGUGCAGAAUAUUCACCAAAAAGAUUCUUCAGGAAAAGAAGGAAGCCAGACAUGUUUCAGCCCCCACAUCUCCCUCGGAUUCUGACCCCGAGGCGGACGAUUUCAAAAAACCUCAAAUUUUUAUCGAACAACUUCUCUCCACGAAGGAGAGCAGCCGACCGUUCACCGAUGAGGAAAUUUUCCAAAACGUUUUUGUAAUUAUGGUCGCGGGUAAUGACACAUCUGGACUGGCGACGGCUUACACCUGCCUCUUCUUGGCCAUGUAUCCGAACCUGCAGGAGAAGGUCUACACCGAAAUCAUGGAACACUUUCCAACCGAGGACGCUGAAAUCAACGGCGAAUCGCUCAAACAGCUUGAGUACACGGAAAUGUUCAUCAAGGAGGUGUUGAGACACUGCCCAGUGGCAGCCAACAUUGCUCGGGAGUGUAUGAAAGACAUCGUAGUGGAUGGCGUUCGCAUUCCGGCUGGGAAUCUAUUUAUCUUCACAUUUUGGGCCAUGCACCGAAGGAAGGAUAUCUGGGGACCGGAUGCAGAUAGGUUUGACCCAGAUAAUUUCCUUCCCGAACGUUGUCGGAAUCGGAAUCCAAAUGCCUACAUGCCGUUCAGUGCGGGUGCGAGAAAUUGUAUCGGUGCACGAUACGCAAUGAUUAGCAUAAAAGUGAUGCUUGUUUACAUCGUGCAGCGAUUCAAGCUGCAUACGACAUUGAAACACGCUGAGUUGAGGUACAAGUUUGGAAUCACGUUGAAGCUGUCAACGAAUCAUUUGAUUCAGCUCGAGAGGCGAAAAAAUACAACUGAUUGUGAGAAAAUGCUUUCAACUUUAUUUUUAUUUUUGGUGACUGUUUUGGGUUUGUGUUUUCUGUGGGUUCACCAUUGGUGCAAGUAUAAAUCAUUAGCCAAGGUACCAACGGUGCAGCCAUGCUAUCCCGUGCUGGGAAAUGCUCCCAUAUCGUUCUGGAAAAGUGAGGAGCAAAUUUUCCAGAUGGUUCUGCAAGAAUGUAUGAAAUUCGAUCGAUUUUUCAAAGUUUGGGCCGGACCCAGACUGGUACUGGCUACCUGUCAUCCGGAUUUAAUCCAUCAAAUCCUCACUCACCCGGAUUGCAUCCAGCGGCCUUUUUUAUACAAAUUCACCGGAUUUACGCAAGGCAUUUUCUCUGCCGACUGGAAGCUAUGGAGAGUCCAACGCAAGGCAUUGAACCCAGCCUUUAACACAAUCGUUCUGAACAGCUUCAUGUCCACCUUCGAGGAAUGCAGUCAACGGAUGGUUCAACGAAUGACCGAAGUGAUUGCUGAUGGGGGCACUAAUCUUUCAGUGAAUAUCCUCAAGUACGCAUCACUCUGCACGCUGGAGAUGAUUUGCGCCACCUCGCUGGGCAGUGACGUGAUGCAGUGCGAAGCGAAGGAAGACUUCGUCCACAGCAUAGAAGUGGCAUUCAACUGCGCGUCGAGACGGAUGGUGCGGCCGUUACGUUACUUAGAUGUUAUUUACCGCAUGACACAGGAUUACCGCGACCAACGGAAGGCUUGGAAAGUGAUUUGUGAAUUUUUCGUGAAGAUCAUCAAGGAGAAAAAGCAGCAAUCACAAAUCCGUCACACAGGACUGGAACCAUUAAAGGCUAAUGCUAUCAAUUGCUCCGACAGAGACGAUAUGGGAAGCAAAAAAUCGAAAAUAUUCAUUGAGCGGCUUUUGAGCGAAACUCGCGCAGGCAGUCCAUUCAGCGAUGCUGAAAUUUUCGAUAACACCUAUCACAUCAUCACGUUGGGCAACGAUACUUCCGCCCUGGAAGUUACCCAUGCUUCGCUAUUCCUAGCGAUCUAUCCCGAAGUGCAGCAGAAGGUCUACGAAGAAAUUAUGCUAUUUUCCCCCCCGAACGGAUCCGAAAUAACACCGGAAUAUCUCAAGCAAAUGGAAUAUCUGGACAAAUUCCUGAAGGAAUGCCUUCGGCAUUGUCCAACGGCAGCCAACAUCGCCCGGACCAACGUGGUUGACGUGGAGCUGGACGGAAUGAUAAUUCCGACCGGGACUACCCUGUCCAUGUGUCUGUACGCGCUGCAUAGACGGACGGAUUUCUGGGGUCCCGAUGCGGAACGCUUCGAUCCGGAAAAUUUCCACCCAGACCGGGUUAGGAAAAGGCAUCCGCACGCUUUCCUACCGUUUAGCGAGGGUGCAAGGAAUUGUCUGGGUUCGCGAUACGCCAUGUUCAGCAUGAAGGUCAUGUUGAUUCAUAUUUUGAGAAAGUUUCGCUUGCAGACCGCGCUACGUCAUCAGGAUUUGCGAUACAAAUUUGACAUGACUCUUAAGCUGGCCAUCGAACCGCUGGUGGAACUGAUUCCAAGAUCGAACCAUGAUCGACUGUUCAAGGUGUGGCUGGGUCCCCGGUUGGCAUUCGGGACGUGUCAUCCCGAUGUGGUUCAGGCGAUCCUAACCCAUCCAGAGUGUGUGGAGAAGCCGUUCUUCUAUCGAUUUGCCCGACUGGACCAUGGAUUGCUGGUCGGAAGAGCUCCAAUGUGGAAACGACAGCGCAAGCAACUGAAUUCGACGUUCAAUUUGCGAAUAUUGGCAAGCUUUGUGCCGAUAUUCGAGAAAUGCUGCCAGCAGCUGGUGGAAGAUUUGAAACCACACGAAAAUGGUGAGGUGUUCGAUGUGCUCCAGUAUACGAUCCGAUGUACCUUGAGCAUGGUACUUCAAACCAGUAUCGGAGCGCAGUGUCUCCCUGUUGAAGAGAGUGACAUUCUUGUGAAACAUAUCAAACGGUUUCUUUCCAUAACCACGAAUCGAGUCUUGAACUUGCAUCAGUACUGGGAACCGGCGUACCGUUGGACCAAGCAUUACAAAAUGGAAGCAGAAUCUCAGGCCUUCUGUGAAUCAGUGACUGGGAAGAUACUUAGGAGAAAGAGAGCGCAAAUGAUUGGGCAAUCAACCUCAAAGGACGACAUCGAGAGUAGCAAACCACGAAUCUUCAUGGAUCAGCUUCUGAAAAUGUCGGAAUCGUUAAACGAGAAGGAAAUCAUUCAUAACACCUUUACCAUGAUAGCAGCGGGCAAUGACACCUCCGGUCAGUUGAUGGCCUAUGCCUGUCUUUUCCUUGGAAUGUACCCACACAUCCAGGAUAAAGUCUAUACGGAGAUCAUCGACCACAUUCCACCAAUCGACGACCACAUAUCGGUUGACCAACUGAAGUGUCUAACCUACACGGAGAUGUUCUUGAACGAGUGCCUUCGUCUAUGUCCAAUCGGUCCGAACAUUGCCCGACUGAACAUGGCUCCGAUCGUGCUGGAGGGAAUAGAAAUACCUGCAGGUCAUUUUCUGUUCAUUUCGUUCUACUCACUACAUCGCCGGAAGGACAUCUGGGGACCGGAUGCGGAUCUGUUCGAUCCGGAGCGGUUUUCGCCGGAACGAUCGAAAGGCCGACACCCGUACGCUUUUCUACCGUUCAGUGGAGGUUCCAGAAACUGUAUCGGCUGGCGCUAUGCCAUGAUGAGCCUGAAAAUGAUGGUGGUUUAUCUGCUGAGGACAUAUCGGCUCAAGACGGACAUAUCCACUUCAGAUUUCCGGUUCAAGUUCGACAUGAUGCUGGUGUUAGCGUUUGAGCAUUGGUUGAAAAUUGAGCGUAGAUCCGCCAGUGAUUAGUUGUGAAGAAGUAUUCUAUUAAAUUGCUAGAGUAGAACAAAUCCUUUCA